GCAGCCCUCAGUGCGUUCUGGAGCGGCCGCGGGGAUGAGUGGACGGCGCGCAGCCUCGCACCCGGCGGCUUGACGUGGUCCUCGAGGUGGCCGUCGAGGAGCUAGCAGGGCAGCAGCUCGCCCCGGGCGGUGGCACCCUGCCGCCACCGUGUGUCCGCGCCCAUGUCGACGCCACCGAGGUCCGCGACGACGGCGACCGGUCCGGGGGAGAGCCUCGCGCGUCGGCCCACGCCGCCGGGCCAGGAGAUGCCGCCGUAGCCGCCCCGCACCAUCCCGCUCAUCGUUGGAAGGCACGUCGGCACCUCGGACUAAGCAGGCGCUGCUGAGCCCCCAGAACGUUUCGAGUUUAUAGCCCUCUUAAUUUGGGGGUUCCGAGAGAGACGCAAGGCUUUCAGUCCAGAUGACCUGUCGUCGUCGUCGUCGUCGUCGACCCGGAGUUACCCACUCUUGGCGGGUCGCAGCGGCAAUCGGCCGGCAGCGGUCACUUGUUUAGCACGACGGAUAUGUAUUCUUCUCCGUAGAGAGGCAUAUAAGCAAGUGACACCAGGAGACUGUCCGCAACUUCAGGAGAGAGCACCUAGUCCUGCAGCAUCCUUACGGCCCGUUCAAGAUCUCGCGCUCGCCAUGGAGCUCAUGGAGGUGCAGGAGCUGCUGGCGGCCAACGCCAGCAUCCACAACGCCAGCCUCCUGGCCGAGGCCGAGAUCCCGUACUCGGAGCGCCCCGAGACGUACUUCGUGCCCGUCCUCUUCAGCCUCAUCUUUGUGACGGGCGUGCUCGGCAACGGCACGCUCAUCUGCAUGUUCGUCAGCGACCGCAAGAUGAGGAACGAGCCCAACAUCUUCAUCUUUAGCCUGGCACUUGGCGACCUGCUGCUCAUCCUGACGGCGGUGCCCUUCAACGGCAUCAUCUACGCUCUGCCCAGCUGGCCCUUCGGCCUGGCCGUCUGCAAGCUGUCCGAGACGGUCAUCGACCUGUCCGUGGGCGUGUCCGUGUUCACGCUCACGGCGCUGUCCGCCGCCCGCUACUUCCCCGUCGUGGACCCGAUGCGCUCGCGCUCGGGCGGCGCCUCGCCCGGCGUCCGCUUCACGGCCGCCUGCUCCGUGGCCAUCUGGGCGCUGUCCAUGGCGUUCGCCGUGCCCCGCCUCGUCAUGGCGCACCUCGUGACGUUCGGGGAUGACUACGUGGCCUGCUGGCCGUUCUACUCCGAGUGGGCGUGCGGCAUGGUCGUCUCCCACGCGAUCGCCUACUAUGCCGUGCCCUUCUUCAUCAUCUUCGUCUUCUACGCGCUCAUGGCGCGACGGCUGCUGCACAGCGCCAAGACCCUCCCCGGCGAGCAGGAGGGCCACGGGCCAGCGCGCAAUCGACAGGUGCGGGCGCGCAGGAAGGUGGCCCGGGUGGUGCUCGCCUUCGUGCUGGUGUUCUGGGUGUGCUUCACGCCGCACCACAUCUACGCGCUGUGGUACCACUGCCUGGCGACCGACGUCAACGAGGAGUACGGCCCCGAAUGGCACUACUUCCGGAUCUUCGCGUUCUGCCUCAAGUUCCUCAACUCGUGCGCCAACCCGAUCGCGCUGUACUGCGUGAGCGGCGUGUUCCGGAAGAAGUUCCAGCGCUACCUGGGCUGGCUGGUGCGGGGCGGGCGGCGGCGGCGCUCCUCGGCCAGUCUGCUCACCAGCAGCGGGGCGGCGCCGCCUCCGCGCCGGGCGAGCAGGGCCGUGCACCGGCUCACCACGCGUAGCCGGCGCAGCCAGCGCUCCACCAGGACCACCCUGGUCACCACCUUCAUGAACGGGGCCGCGCCCACCUGAGCAGACUGACUGACAGACACAUAGGUUUGGAAAUUUCCGAAAAUUUUCUGAAAAUAUACGAAAAAUAACGGAAAACUUUCCAAAAAGCUGGGAAAUUUUUCAUUUUAUCCCGAAAAUUUUCCGUCUUUUCCAGAAAUUUUCCAGAAACUUUCUGGAAACUUUCCAGGGCUUCCAACUCUACCGACACACAGACAGACAGACAGACAGACAGACAGACAGACAGACAGACAGACAGACAGACUGGCCAAUUGAAAAAGAAAGCCGUCUCUUCUUUACAAGAUAUAGUUCUCAAGUGUUGUAAAUAAGAGUGUGUAAUAUAUAAGCCUCCUCGCACUAUAAGAAUAGUGGAGUGUAUUUUUAUUGUACAAAGCAGCUUCCGUCUUAAUAAACGUCAGCCAAAAGGG